AUUAACAAAAUUAUUAGAUUUGUCAAAUAUUCCAAAGGGUCAUGAAGCUUUAGGAAAAACUUCUAGUUUGUAUUUUAUUAAUUUUAUUUCCUAUUAUAUUAUUUAUUUUCGUUUUCGGUGGAUAAAUUAUGUGGAUACUUAUUGGAGUCUGCACCCUUUUAUUGCAACUCUCCUCAAUAGGCGAGUGCAAGGAAGAUUCCGCUGUUCAAAAAGCUACACUUGGCCAGUUCCCAUCUAUUGUAGCCUUUGUGGAUAAGCAGACCCGUGAAAUCAAAUUCGGAGGAACGCUAGUCAGUCGAUUUUGCAUACUUUCGGCAGCUCACUGUUUUGAUUCGACUUCUCCUUCUUCGGUAUUGGCGAUGGGUGGAGACGUAAGAUCCACACCUCCAGCGGCUGCAAGUCGACAGCUGAUCGGCCUAAAGACCGUUACCCGACAUCAGAAAUAUAACGCAAAAACCUUAACUUGUGAUUACGCUCUUGUAACACUGUCAGAACCAGUCAAGGAAACGGCCUUCUUUAAAGUAGCGCCUCUAGCGAAAAUUACGCCAACCACGAAAGCUAAUUGCAAAUUAGCUGGAUGGGGAGUAGCAAGAAAGGGUCGUGCUGCCACUGGUAGGGUAUUACGAUUCUCUGCACUCUUUAUCGGGGAUACCAAUGCAUGUAGAGUUAGAAUGGCGACGAAAUUUGAUAACACUAAAUUAUGCGCUAAAGCGAGUAGAGUAUUGAGGAGUGGAGCAUUGAAGAAGAGUGGAGCAUUGAGGACUGGAGGUGACGCUUGCCAAGGUGAUUCAGGCGGUCCAUUAUAUUGCAAUGGAAAACUUGCAGGAAUUGUUUCUUCCAGACAAGGUUGCGCCAGAGCCGGUUUUGUAGGCUUAUACUCCGACGUGGCGAAGCAACGGGCAUGGAUUGAAGAGCAGAUAAAGCAAACACGAGCAUUAAGAUCUCGGAGACUGAAGGGAAUUGCCUCCAAGAUGGGAACUUCACUUAUACGUCGUCUGUUUACGGCAGCCAUAUGUGUUGUUCACUCAGUAAGAAGUGUCCUACAUUGAAAAGGGGACACAUUGUAUGCAUUUCAGUGACUUUGGAAAUAAUUUACAAAUUAGA